AUGGCGCUGGAAUCUCAGGUACAGAGUUCGUCCCGUAUUCCUGUGGCAUUCGCCUCGUGCUCGAUCGGACUGCCCCGGCAUACCCUGCACCAAAAGAUCGAAGCCAUUCGCGAGGCAGGCUUUGACGGUAUCGAGCUCUCCUUUCCCGACCUUCAGUCCUAUGCCAGUCGUCAUUUCGGCCGAGAGAUUGCCCAGGACGACUAUGGUUCUCUCUGCGAGGCUGGCAAGGCUCUGCGCGCCAUGGUCGAGGGACACGGCUUGAAGAUUCUGGUCCUCCAACCAUUUUCAAACUUUGAGGGAUGGCCGCACGGCAGCCAGCAGCGCGAGGAUGCGUUUGCCCGGGCAAGGGCAUGGAUCGAUAUCAUGGAGGCCGUCGGCACUGACAUGUUACAAGUCGGAUCGUCCGACUCACCUGACAUCACGGAUGACGUCGACAUGCUGGCUGCAGACCUUGCGUCCUUGGCUGACAUGUUGGCCGAACACGGUUUCCGGCUCGCGUAUGAGAACUGGUGCUGGGCGACACGAGCACCAACAUGGAAGGAUGUCUGGGAGAUUGUCAAACGAGCCAACCGACCAAACAUCGGCCUCUGUCUCGACACUUUUCAAACCGCGGGAGGCGAGUGGGGGAAUCCCACUACGAAAUCGGGCAGAAUCGAAACGGGAGGAGUUGACCCGGACGAGUUGUCAGGGGCCUAUACCGCUAGUCUGCAGGAGCUGGCGGCUACAGUACCGGGGGACAAGAUCUACUUUCUUCAGAUCAGCGACGCCUACCGUAUGGAUCCGCCGCUGGGUACCGAACCAGAUCCUGAGUCAGGUCUAAGACCACGCGGGCAAUGGAGCCACGACCAUCGACCGCUGCCUUACGACUCAGGGUACUUGCCCAUUAAGGAAUUUGUACGGGCGGUGAUGAGCACGGGGUUCAGGGGCUGGCAUAGCAUUGAAGCGUUUGAUGGCAGGUUUGAGGAGAAGUACGGCGAUGACCUGAGGCGGUUCGCAAAGAAGGCUAUGGAAUCACAUCAAAGACUUAUGAGUGAAGCCAAGGCAAGCUGA